UGUAAUGAUGGAGGAAACUGAACUCUGUUUUCCUCAACUCUUCAAUUCGUCCUGCAGGAAGAUAAGGCAUCCUUACUAUGAGCUCUUGCUGAUGUAUAUUAUAUUGUUCUCCAUUGCUUUGCUCACUGUAUUUCUAAACCUCCUCGUCAUUAUCUCCAUUUCACACUUCAGGCAGCUCCACACUCCAACCAACAUCCUCCUCCUCUCUCUCGCUGUCUCUGAUUUUUUAGUCGGGUUUAUCAUGAUUUUUCAGAUAACUCUUAUUGAAGGGUGCUGGUUCUUUGGUGACAUGAUGUGUCUCCUGUAUAACUGUCUGGCAUAUUUUAUAACAGGUGCUUCAAUAGGAACCAUGGUGCUUAUUUGUGUUGACCGCUAUGUGGCCAUUUGUUUUCCCCUGCAUUACUCUAGUAAGAUGACACAAAAAAGAGUGACAAUUUGUGUGUGGCUUUGUUGGACCUGUGCUUUUAUAUUUCAGAGCCUGAUUCAGCAAGAUAAUCUAAAACAACCUGGCAUGUAUAACUCCUGUGUUGGAGAGUGUGUGGUAAUUAUCAGCUACAUUGUUGGAAUAGCAGAUCUUACGGUAUCAUUUAUCGUACCCAUUACUGUGAUUUUGGUCCUGUAUAUCAGGGUGUUUGUGGUGGCAGUGGCUCAGGCCCGGGCCAUGCGUUCUCAGGUUGCAACCGUUGUGUUACGGUUUUCGAUCACAGCUAAAAAAUCUGAAAUUAAGGCAGCCAGGACACUUGGUGUUGUUGUGCUUGUUUUUGUGCUUUGUUUAUGCCCAUUUUAUUUUGUUGCUCUAACAGGUCAGGACACCCUAAUUCAAGCAUCAUCUGCAACAUUUGUGGUUUUUCUGUUUUACUUUAACUCUUCAUUAAACCCCAUCAUCUAUGUGUUUUUUUACCCCUGGUUUAGAAAAUCGAUUAGGCUCAUUGUUACACUUAGGAUACUGCAGCCUGACUCCUCUGGCAUCAGCAUAAUGUACUGAUUGUGUUAAAACAUUUCCUCAAAUACACCUAACAGUAAAGGAGAUAUUAAUCACAGUGUAUCAACAUUGCAAUAUUGUGUUAAUCUCUCUAAGAUGCAACAUAUAAAAAUG